AAGAACUUGUUCUUUGUCUCAGGAAAAUAAAAAUAAAAAUAAUAGGAACUGUGAUUCAUCAUCCUCUUCUCACCAUAGCCUGGCUGCUGCGAGCGUCACCAAAGACUUCGAUUCGUAGAUUCCGAUAACCGAAAAAAAAAGAAAAAGAAGCAGCCUCCUCAGAUUCUGGAAGUUGCAUUUCAUUUUAACAAUUUGGCCCUGGUGGGCGAGGCGGCGACCAUGUCAAAAGUUGUUCAUCUUCUCUUGUUAAUGUUCGCUUCUUUUUUCCUGUUAAAUCCGAUAAUCAACAGUAAAGCCGAGGUUAUAACCCUAACAGCUGAUACCUUCAAUGACAAGGUGAACGAGAAAGACACUGCUUGGUUUGUGCAAUUUUGUGUUCCUUGGUGUAAGCACUGUAAAAACCUCGGGACGCUGUGGGAGGAUCUGGGGAAAGCAAUGGAAGGAGAAGACGAGAUAGAGAUUGGACAAGUUGACUGUGGUACGAACAAAGAGAUAUGCAAUAAAGUUGACAUUCAUUCAUAUCCCACAUUCAAGCUCUUCUACAAUGGAGAGGAAGCUGCAAAAUAUAAAGGAGCAAGGGAUGUGGAAUCACUAAGACUAUUUGCUGUAGAGGAAACAGAAAAGGCAGCAACAAAGGCGCAACUUGACAGCGAUCAGGAGCUGUAGUUAUUGAACGGUUUUGCAGCUUUCACGAGGAAAAGCAUUUUGGCUUUGGGGAAUAUUCAGCAGGACAGGAAAUUUCUAGUCAAGCUGAUUGAGAAAAACUCGUAUACUUGGUUUAUGGUCGCUCUGUUUUUCGUCAUCAGUUACACGGUUAUUUCCUCUGCAAGAUCCUAUUAGAAUUCGAUGGUUGUAACUUUGUUGUUAGAACCAUUGGGUAUAGAGUUACUUUUUAUAUUUCCAUCAAGAUUACAAAUCUUUAUAAGGUUCUAUAUUCAUGUUUGACUCUGCCUGAAAGUUGCAAAAAGGGUUCACCGUUUUUCUCAGGUAA